AUGGCUCCAACUCUUAAUCAAAGUACAAUAUCAAUAACAGCUAACAAUGUUGGAAAUCGCUUACUGAACGCUUUUAAAUUAAGGAUAGACCAAAAAUGUACUCUGAAGUCAAAAGAGAAUGACAAGGUAAAAAAAAACAAGAUAUUACUGAAUUGUCUGCUCCAUUUAAAAUGGCUGAACUAGUAUAAACACUAAGUCAAAAUAAGAAAAGAAAUCCUCAGGUUUAGAUAUACUUCCCGAAUUCCUUAUAUAUCCAGGCCCAAACACUCGCCCUUACCUAAUCAAGCCUUUUAAUAUAAUUUUGGAUUCGACAGAACUACCAAAUUUGUUUAAGAUUACUAAAAUGCAUGCAAUAAGGAAACCGGGAAAAGAUGGAAAUGAUGCUACAGAUUAUAGACCUAUCUCACUUCUUAAUAGCUUUUAUAAGGCCUUGAAACAACUUAUAUACAAUCGAAUAACGCAGAUGAUAGAUUCAAUCCCUUCAGUAGUACAAGCAGACUUAGGAAACGAGAGAUCUUACUGUGAACAAGUUAUGUCCCCCACAGCUUUUAUAGAAUCAGGAUUCCAAAAGCGCCUCAAAACCGGUGCUGUAUUUAUUGAUCUGUCAUCUGCAUAUGACAUAAUUUGGAGAGGCACUGAUCCUAAAACUAUCCAAAGUAGUACCCUUUGCUUAGGUUAUUCAUUUGGUAAACAGUAUGAUAACUAA